AUGGAGACACGAAUAUUCAUGCUGCAGCUGCUUCUCCAAUUCUUGGUGCUUCGCGUCGAAUCCCGUCUUAAUGCUGGACGUGACUCUGAACAUCGCAUUCCAACUAUCGACUCCGCGAUAUGCAUACCAGCCGUGUCAUGCUCGCUGAAAUCAGUGCCCAACUUGGACGGGUGCUGCAUCAACGACCCUUCCGGACAUUUUCUCCAGACUCAAUUCUGGGACACAGAACCACCGCAAGGAGGUCCUACUUCGUGGACAAUUCAUGGUCUUUGGCCAGAUUGGUGUGAUGGCGGGUUUGAUGCAUAUUGCGAUUCCUCCAGGACUCAUUCGGCCGAGGCCAUAAUAGGGAUCUUGUCCAAUGCAAGCACAGCACAAGUCGUCGGCGGUACACGACCAGGCUUGCUGGAGUUCAUGACAAAACAUUGGCUAUCGCUCGACUCUAACAAUGCACAUCUUUGGACUCAUGAAUGGAAUAAGCACGGGACUUGCAUAUCAACAUUGCGGCCGAAGUGCUAUGAGAACCAUCAGUCGAGCACGAGGUCGGCUAGUGAAGGAUCGAAUGGAGAUGUUCUCGACUAUUUCACACAUGCAGCAUUACUUUACAGCUCUCUACCAACCUACGAUUUCUUUGAGCGUCAUGGAAUCGUGCCGUCGCAUGACAAAACCUAUGAGCUCGACCACUUGCAACGAGCGAUUCAAGAUUCACCACACGGUGCAGAUGCUACAAUCAAAUGCCGCAACCACAACGAGUUAUCAGAGAUCUGGUAUUCUUUCCAUGUCCGAGCCUCCCUUCGUGACGCAAUGGAUCUGUGGUGGGACGGUAACAAGCAAUGGAAUACUUGGGUCCCAGCCAGUCCACAGGGUCAGGUAUCGAACUGCCCAGCUACAGGUAUUAAGUACUUGCCCAAGCACGGCCUUGAACAACCACCAAGUUCUACGAUGACUCAUACGCAUACCGCGACAGCCACUGCUACUCAUACGCCAGGAGCAACCACGAAACCAUUUGUGGGUCAAGGAAGAAUGAUGGUCAAGGUUGUAUCUGAUGAGAGUAUGGUAGAGAAUCUGGGUGAACAGAAGCCAUUGGCAGAAAGCUCUGCUCAGUCUGAGGACUUGGAAUCUGCAACGCGACAACCAAUUCCUACCAGAUAUACAGGGUGUCUGAUUCGGAAAGGAACAUGGUACAUGUCGCACAGCCUUACUUCAUGUGCUAUUUUUACUGCACAUGACGAUGUCAAAGCACCAUCGACAGAGCACCUAAUCAAUCGAGACGAUGAGGACUACCAUCUUUUCACCCUCGCUUCCAGAUUUGCGCCAUGCUCCUUCGUUGAGGGCUCCCGCUCCACGUCGCCUACAGUGGCCAGUGACGACAACGGCGACAAUGAAGAGGUUACUGACACAGUCGGAUCCAUGUACUUUGCUUGCUCCGACGAUUUGCCAUUCCAGAGUAUCCUCAGUAAUGAUGCUUCAGUUAGCAAGCAACAUACGGAAGCCGCAAAGCGGUUGACACUCGGUGCACAGCACAAAUCGACAUUCUAUGCGGAGAAGAUACCCAGAAAGGCGCAGCAGGUUGAGUUAUGGACUGAUGAUGGCUGGGGAAGCAGGAAGAUCAAGGUUGAGAUAUACUGGGAAGGCAUAUAG